AUGCGGUGGGAUGGAGAUAUUGAUCAUACUUGCGAGGGAUUCGGAAAGCGCUUGACAUCGAGCCUUCCACUGCAUCGUCCACUGCAUCUUCCCCAUCGUCUCCGACCACACCACAGGCUUGGCGCAUACCAAGAUCAGCAGUUGCCGCACGAGACUAACGUGCGUGUGACGGCUCAUCGCAUGCCUUGGAUGAAACCCGUUGACUCUAUGUCAAGCCACGAAACCGCCAUCCCCUUGGCGGAUCUUCGCUGCCCAAACCUCCAGCCGAGUCCGAUCCUCCCAACCUUCCCGGCAUCUCCUUCCACCCUGAUGAACUUGCCCCGCUCGGAGCGCCAGAGUUUCCCUGCGCAGCGCAAAACACCGGGUUCCUCGUCGCAAACAGCGUGCGCGGACUGGUCGCAAGAAGCCCAUCAGGUCCACAUCAAGGAGUCGAGUUACAUCAACCACAUCAACCACAUCAACAGACCAGCACGGUAG